AAUAGAGAAGAAAAAGUGUGUGAUGUUGAGUUAGAAGAAAAAAGAAGUGCAAAACUAAAGACAAAUAGAGAGUGUAGAGAGAGAAAGUGUUGUAUGUGAUGUGAGAGAAACAAAUAGAUUUUAUGUUUUGUUGGUCUUGAAGAAACCUUCCACUCUGCCUAUCACUAUCAUUUUCAUAUUAUUCUACACUUUUUUUCUUUCUUUUGAUCCAAAGUUUGAAUCUUUUUGAAUUCCUUUUUGUUUUUGUAAUCUGGGUUUUGCUAGAAAGCCUCAAAAUCAGCUGUUUCAAUUUCAUUUCAAGAAAAGAUAUCAACUUUCUUAAUUUUGUUGUCUCUGGUUUGUUUGUUUUUUUCUUCACUUUGAUUCAAAACAUGACCAUAGAGGAGAAAAGAAGUAGCAGUAAAGGUAAAUUUCCAGAGGGUAUGCGUGUUUUAGCUGUUGAUGAUGACCCAAUUUGCCUCAAAGUCUUGGAAACUUUGCUCAAGAAAUGUGACUAUCUUGUGACAACAACCAAUCAAGCAGUUCAGGCUCUGAAAAUGCUUAGAGAAAACAGAAACAGAUAUGACCUGGUUAUUAGUGAUGUGAACAUGCCUGAUAUGGAUGGGUUUAAGCUACUUGAGCUUGUAGGGCUUGAAAUGGACCUACCAGUCAUCAUGUUAUCGGCGCAUAGUGAUAAGGAGCUUGUGUACAAGGGGAUUACACAUGGUGCUGUUGAUUAUUUGCUAAAGCCGGUGAGACUGGAGGAACUCAAGAACAUAUGGCAACAUGUGAUUAGGAAAAAAAGCCUGCAAACCAAAGACCAAAACCGGUCCCCAAACCAAGACAAGUCGCUUGAUGAAGCGGGAGAAGCUGGACAAGGAGUGUCAUCAGGCGGUAGCGCGGAUCAGAAUGGAAAAGCAAAUCGGAAACGAAAGGACCAAGAUGAAGAUGAGGAAGAAGAGGGUGAAGAUAAUUUAAAUGAUAAUGAUGAACAUGGGAAUCAGAAGAAGCCUCGGGUUGUUUGGUCUGUGGAGUUACAUAAGAAAUUUGUGGGAGCUGUUAAUCAAUUGGGUCUUGACAAGGCUGUUCCAAAGAAAAUUCUUGACCUAAUGAAUGUUGAAGGACUUACAAGGGAAAAUGUUGCAAGCCAUCUGCAGAAAUAUAGGCUUUACCUGAAAAGAAUCAGUAUGUCAGCAUCCCAGCAAGCCAGUCUGGUUGCUUCAUUUGGUGUUAAAGAUUCCUCUUACUUGCGAAUGGCAGCGCUAGACGGAUAUGCAGAGUUUGGUACCUUGAAUGGACAAGGAAGGCUGUCCAGCACAUCUAUAUCAUCAUAUCAUCCAAGUGGUAUGCUCGGAAGAUUGAACUCUUCUUCUGGAUUAACCAUGCGCGGGAUAGCUUCUUCAGGUAUUCUUCAGCCUGUUCAGUCUCAAAGCCUGAGUAAUUCUGUUAACACUAUUGGAAAGCUUCAGCCAGCUCUUUUGCCUUCAAGCCAAGCUGUGAAUCCAUUUCAUGCUAUUCCAUCUCCGCUGGAGCCUAACCAGCUGCAGAGCAAGUCCAUUGUCUCCUUUGGAGAGUUUAGUCGCAAUGGUGAUGUGCCAGGCUUUGCAGCGGCGAAUAGCUUCUCAAAUAUGGGUGGUCUAAGCAAUACUUCUCCUGGUUCCUUAAGCAACCCUCUGAUGCUUCAAACACACCCCCAACAAAAUUGUAAUGGAGCAUUUGAAACUCAAUCUUCUCUUAGUAGCCCAUCGCUGAACCGGGAAUCUUUCGAUGCUGGUGUUCGUGCUUCUCCAAAUUUUUUUGGUCAUAGUAGAUCUAAUGAAAACUGGCAGGAUGCAGUUCAGUUGUCCAAAUUCUCGACAACAUUGCCUUUGAAUGAACCCUUCAGUCAUGGUGAUUUAUCCACUAGUAACUUCAGAGACAAUCGGACCUGCACCAACGCUCAGGUUGUUAACAGCCUUAAUGAUUUCUCUUCUUCCAGUGUGCUUACGACACCUUUGGAUACCAGCAUAGACAUGCAAAGGCAAACAGGCUUUUUUUGUAAUCCUGUUCAAAAUACAAGUUACAACUCAAGACAGAGGUGGGAAGAUCAUAGCCAGGGUUGCAACCCCAUAAAGUCUGUGGUUUCUGGUAAUGGUGUAUCAGGUUCAUUCAACCCGAGUAUGGACCAGAGAAAGAACCUUGGUUCACAUAUGGUUGGCCAGUCUCCAUCAGAUUUUCACCAUACUGUAAUUGAAGUUGAAAAGUCCCUUUUGGACCCAAAAAUGAGGUCCGCUGAGGAAUAUCUCUUGGAGCAAACAAAGUCCCAGAAUGGUUUCAUUCAAAGUAACUACGAGUCUUUGGAUGAUAUAAUGAAUGCAAUGAUCAAACGGACGUACUGAACAAGAAAUGAAGGAGCUUAGCUUUAAUGUGAAACUAGAUAAGCAGGAGCAAAAUGAUUCUAUGCUAAUGGAUGGAGAAUGCGAAUUUGAUGCCUACUCGCUUGGGUCAUGUCUAUAAGAGUUUGCUGCAGCCGAUAUGUAGAGAAGCAUGGCCAACACAGCAAACUAAGUCCAGUAUUUUUCUGGAGGAAGUAUUUCUUCCUGUAAUUGAUUCUACAUAAUGUCUUUCUUAUCCUAUUUCAUUUAAUCUGUUAUUAGGAGUUCUUUUGUAUCUUUUUGAAUAAUCUGUUAGUAGAGUUAGUAGAGUUAGUUCCUGCUUUAUACUGAUAGCAAAAUUUCUAGUUUUUUAUUUGUUCAAUCCCCUUUAUUCCUGUUGAUAAAUGGAGUCAUUAUAAGUAUUUUACACAGCAGGUAUUCUUUA